CCCGUUUCUACGCCCCGCCCCUGGUGGCGCGGAGAGCAGAGGCAAGAUGGCGGCCGAGUUGGAGUACGAGUCCAUCCUGUGUGUGAAACCCGACGUGAGCGUCUACCGGAUUCCGCCCCGGGCCUCCAACCGCGGUUACAGGGCAUCUGACUGGAAAUUAGACCAGCCUGAUUGGACUGGUCGCCUCCGAAUCACUUCAAAAGGGAAGAUUGCAUACAUCAAACUUGAAGAUAAAGUUUCAGGGGAACUCUUUGCUCAGGCACCAGUAGAACAAUAUCCUGGUAUUGCUGUGGAGACAGUGACAGAUUCCAGCCGCUAUUUUGUAAUUCGGAUCCAGGACGGUACUGGGCGAAGUGCUUUCAUUGGCAUUGGCUUCACAGAUCGGGGUGAUGCCUUUGACUUUAAUGUCUCCUUGCAAGAUCACUUCAAGUGGGUAAAGCAGGAAUCUGAGAUUUCCAAAGAAUCUCAGGAAAUGGACACUCGUCCCAAGUUGGAUCUGGGCUUCAAGGAAGGACAGACCAUCAAGUUGAGUAUUGGGAACAUUACAACCAAGAAAGGAAGUGCUUCUAAGCCCAAGACUGCAGGGACUGGGGGCCUAAGCUUACUCCCACCCCCACCUGGAGGCAAAAUCACUAUUCCCCCACCUUCCUCCUCAGUUGCCAUCAGCAAUCAUGUCACUCCACCACCCAUUCCAAAAUCUAACCAUGGAGGUAGUGAUGCAGAUAUCCUUUUAGAUCUGGAUUCUCCUGCUCCUGUCACCACAUCAGCACCAGCGCCAGUUUCUUCAAACAAUGACUUGUGGGGAGACUUUAGCACUGCGUCCAGCUCUGUUCCAAACCAGGCACCACAGCCAUCUAACUGGGUCCAGUUCUGAAUAGCAUUGGCAGGACAUUAAGGACAGACUUGAAGAAUAAAAGUGACCUUGAGGGCACCAAUCUGUGAGGGAAGUUAGGAAUCCCUUCUCUCCCCAGAACCAAAAUUACUGGACAAUCUUUCAUAGCUUUGCUAUUGCGUUCAAGCUGGUUUAUGUUACUCCCCUAUGUUGUUACUUGCUGUACAGCCAAGAAAGUAUCUCUUACCUACUCUUCAUUAUCAAGGCAGGGGAGUAGUGGGUCUUAUCAUACUUGUGGCUGACAAUGCAGGGCUUAAAAGGCCAGGGUCUCUGUGAGAGAAAUGAGCUCUAACAUCUGCGUAAUUUUUCUCCAUCUUUUCAAUUCUUUAAUAUAUUUCACAGUCACCUCAUGACCCUGUGUACCUCUUUGUGAAGCCCUAUUUAGCAAUUUCAGGAGGGACAAAAACCUUGAAACUUUUUUUCCUGCUAACCCAAGACUCUGAAAAUGGACAGACUGACCUCAGUGUUUACAAAUUUAGAAAUUUGAUAGGGAUGGAAAUGAAGAAAGACCUGUUCCUUGGGUCUCUGCUAUAUGUCCUCCUUCAAGCUUAUCCAGUUCAGUGAACAUCUAGUGCUGGGUGCAGCUCCAUCACCCUCUCAUGUGUUUACAUGUCUUUUCCUAUAAUAAGAGGGUUGUGUUGGUGGCGCCUCCACUAUUCUUUCGUUUGUUGAAUAGUGCAACAUCUUUGAUCAGUGGGUGUCUCUUGGAUGAAGGAGGUUCAGGGAGCUGUGUUUUCCAAGUUAUAUUCUGGAGAAGUGUUUACAGUUAAUUAAGUCCUCAAUGUCGUCAAUAGGUUUUGUGACUUUAAACGACUUAAAACAAAACCAGUUUUAUCGUAGGCUAAUUGAUAUAAAAAGAGUUAAGUUCCUGUGGCAUAUCAUCAACAAUAUGACAAAACGACGUUAUUGGAGGACCUGUACUUUCUUGCAGCUCCAUCUAAUUGCCACACUUGAAGCACCACUUUACUUUGUAUUUGUCCCAUUGUUUGACCUAAAGUUGAGGGUUUAGAAUUUUUAACCUGAUGUGUAGAGCAAAGAGGUUGAAAGCACUUGACUCUUGUUCAGUACCCACAUUGCCUUGCUGCCUGGGUAUUUGGCCCCUUUUCAUAAACAUUUACUUUUCAAUCCAUCUACAAUAGCUCUUCAAUUGAAAGGCUGCUUUAUAUGUAUUGUCAUUUAUGAAGGAAACUGGAGAAUCACAGCUUUACCUGUGGCAGCUUUGGUACCCAUCACCCAGGGUAUCUCAAAAGCAAGUUGCUCUCCCAUCACUUACCUUUUCCUCUGCCCCACCAUUCCUUUUACGAUGCUGUGAAGAGAGUUCCCUUUCUUAAAUGAUUGGGCACUAUCUAUUUUGUUUGCUAAUCGGCGAUUUUGAGGAUGAAAUGGGAGGACAUUAUUUCUUCCCUUAGCACCUAUUUGGAUGUGUAUACUCUGGCUGAAGGGAGUCCUUAUAUUUAGUUUCAAAAUAUAUUCUCUGUCCUGGAUUUCCUUCUUGACUCUUUUUAACUUUGGGUCCACCGUUUUUCCUUGCCUCCACUUCCUGGCAGCUCUAUUCUUACAGAGCCAUGGCGGGGCAUUUUAAAAUUCCAGUAGAAAACACUAAAAGGAAAGUCUAUAGAAUCACUAGUGACUAACUAUUGGGAAUCUAUUUUCUCAAUCUUCCUCCAUGUUGUGUUCUUUGUAUUUUCAAGAUGAUAAUAUAUUAUGUAUUUGAAUUGCUGAAAAAUUGAUAAUGAAGUUUAAGAUAUAUGUAUAUAAAGCAUAUGCUGUAUUGGUGCAAUAAUGGUAAUUAAAAGUAUGGAAAAAGG